UGGCUCUUCACUCUCCUCACUCCUCACUCGCCCCACUCCGCCGCUUCACUCGCGAGCUCGUCGUUGGCGCCGGCGGCAAUGGCGUCCCCCCGCGCGCUCUCCCUCCUCCUCGUCCUCCUGGGCAUGGCCCUCGCGUCGUUCCCCUCCGCCGCCUCCGCCUCCCGCGACCUCCGCCCCCGCCGCGCGGGCUUCGUCGUCCGCGGCCGCGUCUGGUGCGACACCUGCCUCGCCGGCUUCGAGACCCCCGCCUCCACCUACAUCGCCGGAGCGAAGGUAAAGGUUGAGUGCAGAUCGAAAUCCACUGGCGCCAAGACAUGCAGCUUCGAGGGCCAGACUGACCACACUGGCACCUACAACAUCCCUGUCAACGAUGAGCAUGAGCACGAGCUCUGCGAGUCUGUCCUUGUGAGCAGCCCGGACGCAAAGUGUGGCAAGAUUGUUGCUGGACGGGAGAGGGCUCCUGUCUUCCUCACCAACAACAAUGGUGUGACAUCUAAUGUUCGGUUGGCGAACGCUCUGGGCUUCCAGAAGGAUGCUCCUCUUGCUGCGUGCGCACAAAUCCUCAAGAUGUACGAGGAAGUGGACGACCGCGUUUGAAGGAUGUGAGUUAUGUAUCAAUAUUCGUACGUUGUUGAAAUACUCUAAGAAGACUUCUAUAUACCUUUUACUGAGAGCAAAACUAUCAGCAUCAGAUGUUGCGUGCUUGAUAAGUUGUGAUAUAGCUUAGCACUUGAGUAUGUUAUAUGUAUGUUCGUCUGCAGCUGAACUGCAAAACUCAUCAGUUACUAAAUCGACAUGUUGUGCUUUCUAUCAGGCAAUUCUUCUGUUA